GUAGAGUAAUACUACAGGUUACUCCACGAUAAUAUUAACCGCAUAUUAGUUAAUUAGUAACUUAAAAUUUUAAAGUUUGAAUUCUGAGUCUCGACUCUCGUGAAAUAUGUAAAUAGUAAAUAUUCAUGUGGAACUGAGUUAAAUUAAAAUUGUGAAUUGUUUUUUUUUGUGUUCAUUAUACUUAGUGGUUUAUAUCGAUCAAUAAUUUUCUGUAUUCUAUACUUUAAAGCAAAUAUUAUAAUAUUUUGUUAAAUAAUAUUAAACAUGAGUAACUCUAAAAUUACAACACUUGUUGAUUUGGCCAACAAAAGACUAAACAGCAGUGAAGAUUUUGAUGAAUUUCAGUCAUUCGUUAGUCAAGAACUGGAUGUUGAUACAAUUUAUCCAUUAAUAGAUGAAAAAAUUGACCGGGAAGAUGGACCAAAAAUUUUGGAAUAUAUUUUAGUAGGGUUAUCAGUAAAACCGGAUGCCCAACAACUUAUUGAAAAGGUUUAUGAGUACGUGCUAAAUGCCAUAAACAAAGCAGAAAUAUCUGGAAAAAUGAAAGUCUGUUUAAUUAGUCGUCUAUCACUAGAACUAAAUAAACUCUCCACUGAACAACUAAUUAAAUUUGUUAAUAUGUGUAAAAAAGAUAUUGAAUCAUCAAAUGAAAAUAGCAUACAGAGUUGGAAGGAGUUGAUACCACAAAUAUUAAAAAUUUUAUCUGAAGUGAAGACAUUAAGAACCGAAGGUUUAGAACUAACCGGUGCUGAGUAUAAAGAAAUGAUUAUCAAGGAUAUAUGCCGUUACAGAGUGGAAUUAAAUUCUAUAGUGCCACUAGCACUCAUGUUCAGGAGAACACAACUAAGCGAAAAAGAGCACGAGUUAGUAAUAAAUAUGUUAUGCUCGUAUUUUGAUCAAAUGGAACCACAAGAAAUACCACCAUUAUUACAACAAAUGCUACACUUUUGUACAAGUGGUGAUUUUUUAAAUCUGUUUUGUACGCUGCAAAAGUAUUUUGAUAACAAGUAUUUGGGUGUUCAAAAUGUUGAUGACAACGAUCCAUUUGAAAUAGGCUCCAUGCAAAAAGUCGGAGAAAAGAAAAAUAUGAUGGAAGCAGAAAGUACAGUACUCUUUCUCUUAGAAGAUUUUGCUAAAGUACAUGCUUCAUUUGUAAGCGAUAUAACAAAAUACAUUAAAAACUGUAUAGGAGCACCAAAUGAAGUCCUUGGUCCAUUUAUGUUAGCAUUUCUACUAACUAUGUCUUGUUGUGGACCUUAUGAAACUCUUGUAAUUUCUUUAGUUAAAAAAUUAGUAAUACAGUCAUUGGAAGAAGAAGAAAAUGUUCAACGUUCCUGUUGGUUAAGAAUUAACUAUACAAAUAUUUAUGAUGCCUAUGAACAGUUUCAGUUAUUCAUAAAAAGCGAAAUAUCAAGUUAUGAAAAAGUGUUCAAAGGACUCGUCAACUUGGGUUUAUCAUUUCUUGGAACAACAUCGUCUGUGUUUAAAAAAAAUGUGGAUACCAUAAGUAAAGUCCAUCGAUUAGGAUUGUUUAUCAUUGUAUCGUUGGUCAACAAAAGACCAUUUAUUACAGGAAGUGUUUUGCGAAGUUUGACUAAUUUUAUAGCUUCCAAUCCUACGUCUAAACAAUACUUAGAGUGUUUACAUAAACUUUGUAAAAAUCAAAGAGCAACCAUUGUGGAAAAUAAUGCAGAAUUGUUAAGACUGUUUAAAGAAAUGCCUGUCGGCUUGACAGAUAAAGUAACCUAUGCUGUAAUGCCUGUUUUAAAAGUGUCUACUUAUUUACGUGACAAUGUAAUUAUGAUUUUACGAAAAGAACUUAUGUCUAAAGAUUUUCAACUAAGGCAUAGUGCAGUAAUGGGAUUCAUUGAAAUAUUAUGCAGUGUUCGUUUGGAUAGUUUCACUUCAUUGAGUCAAAAUACCAACAGUCAAGACUCAUGGCCUGGGCUUUUUACACAGAUGGUCUUGGAUCGUAAUUCUGUAGAUGUAUAUUCUUCAAAAAAUUAUAAUACUGAAGAUUCUUCGGAGAACAACAAAACAAUUUGCUUAGAAAUUUUGGAUAUUCUCAAAACCUGUUUUUUCCAAAAAGCCGAAAUUAAGUGUACAUUGUAUAGAGGUUUAUUAAAAGUCACUUCACAUAAUGACGAAUUGUGUAUGUGUGUCACUAGUCUAAUAGUGGAUCAUAUGGGUUCAUGGUGUACUAAACGCGGUACAAAAAAAUCACUGAAAUUCAACAAAGCAAUAGUUUUGGGCAAAGAUGGAAGAUUCAUAAUUCACGAACCGCUAGAAGAGUUAAUCAUUAUAGCUCAACACUUGUUGGUUAAACACUUUUCAUGUGAAAGUCAAGAUGCUGAGAGUGAUAGCGAGUCGCUGAAAAAUCUACUUUGCCAGUUGGUAGACUUUUACAGUGAAUGCAACACUGAUGAAAUCAAAGUGAACGAUAAUGACAGUCUGUUAGAUGUAAUAUGCAAUGUUGUAGAGUAUGCUGAUAUUAUAAAACAAAUUCUUAGUGCUUAUCAAGCUCUGAUUAUAUAUGUUAUUAACUCAUGGUCCAGCCCUGAUCAAGACCAGAAGUGCUGUGAAAAGUUGCAAAAAUUAUUUUCCAAGUAUAAUCACAUUAUAGAUGCUGUUAAGGCUGCUGACAAAACCAGUAAGAAAAAAGAUAACAAGGGAAAUAAAAAAACUAAAGGUGAAACAACUAGUGAUUUAAAAUCUUCUAAAUUUGUUGAGCCCAUUAUACAUUUGGACUUUGAUGUGUUGUACAAAUUUGUGUCUUUACUUACUUCAGAUAACAAUUGUAGUUCGAAACAAAUGAUUGAUGUGUUAAAUCAAAAUACAAGACUUUGGGAAUUCGUUUUGAAAUUGAUAUUAAACCAUAUAGCCGAAUUAAAGUUACAACUUUCGCAUGAUUUAAAACCACGCAAUUUAUAUGAAAAUCUGUGUAAAUUAACUAAAGUAUUGUAUAAUCAUUUUUUGUUCGACAUACGGGAAAAAAUUCGAUUUGAUCAGUACACAACAGAGCUUGGAUUGGAAUGUUAUUUACAAAUUAUUACUCUAGUCAGUUCUUAUUAUAAAAAGUUAGAUAAGUUUUUAACGGAUUCAAAUAGCAAUGAUGCAAUUGAUUCAAGUGAUGAACAAGCAGAACUUUUCAAUGUACUGCGUAACAUUCGUUCACAUUUGGACACUGUGUUAGAAUCAAAUAACCAGAUAGAUGCUUCUAUUAGCCAAGAUGUCGACAAAGAUUCCAGUGAUUUGUUAGAUAAAAUUGAAAGCCAUUUGAUUGGAUGUAUUUCAGUAAUCUGUCACGCCAUCAACAAUAAUAAUCCUCGAGUUAAAAAUAUUUUAGCAUGGUUAUCUACUGUGAUAGAGAAAUAUUCAUUUUCAAACACACCAAAUGCAAAAGAAUUUUUAACGCUAACAUUGGGUUUAUAUUCUGCAAAUCAAGAAGAUCCCAUAAUGUUGGCAGAUACUAUUAAAAUACUAUGCAAAUCAUUUGGCCGAAUUAGCAAAUCGAAUAAACACAACGAAUCGCAGAUGAAAUUGUUAAGAAUUAUAACCGACUAUAAUAAAUCAACCCUGUGUCCGGUGUUGUGUCAAUGUCUAUGCAACGAGUUAAACCACGUAUUGACUUGUUUGUCCCGGAUAAAAGCUGAAUUAAACGCAUCACAAAAAACCAUCAAAGCUGUGUGCCAAGAUCGGCUGAAGGCUAGAGAAAAAGCCAUCUGUCAUCGAACCAUACUUGUUAUUCUAGCUACCAACACAUUUACAAAAUCUGUUAUACCCUUAGGUCAGUGUACAGAAUCAGUGUUUGUAUUAUUAAAUCAAGUAUUCAAGACAGUUAACACAGUUACCAAACACUUUCUUAUUCGAUCGUCAUACCAUGAACCAGUUUACAAACAAGCUUUGCUGGGAAAAUUAACUCAAAUUAUCAAUGAGCUGCUGUCUCCAAAUGUUUCAAAGUUCAUUAUGUUUGUUGAACACGACAGGCCAUUAACAGAAAAGGAAAAAAAAUCUAAUCAGCUAAAACAACAAACUAAGCGGCAAGCAAGUUACAUUCCCAAAGUGGUUACUGAAUUGGAAACUUUUACGAAUCUGAUUACCAAAUUAGGAAAGAAGUGCAAAGACAAAGAUUUGAUGAAUAUAAAGUUGACGUCGAGUAGAGAUUUUAGACUCAAUUUGCAAAAACUUGAAGAAGUACUCAGUAGACAAGAUAAUUCAGAGGAUAGCGAUGGAGAUUUAGAAACCAAUAACCAGAAUACUGCUCAAAAUACAUCUUAUCAAAUAAAUGCAAGUGAACAGCCACCACAAAAAAAACGCAAAUCUAAUAUUUCGAUAACUACUGGCUCACCUGUAUAUUAAAUUUGUAUUUUUAUUAUGCUUUAUCGGCAUACACACAAAAUUUGUUUUAGAAUUUUUUUUUUGUUUUGAUUUAUUAUUUUUUAUGUUAAAGUGUCAGUUAAAUAAAACUUUCUUUUAUUUUAGAAACUA